UCUCUUCCUCUCUCUUUCUCUUUUGCUCUUGCUCUCGAUCUUUCUCUCUCUCUCUCCCCACCCCUACACAAAAAAGACAGGGAUAGUUGUCUUAUUAUUAGUGCUUAAGUGAUGCUUUUGAACAAGAAGAUGCUGGGUACUUUUGGUGACUAGUACCAUCCCACUUUUUUUCUUCUAAAUUCCCAAGCUAUUGUUUACUAGACACUCUUUUAUACUUGUUUCUACUAAAACUGAAUGUUACUUGGGUGGAAAGCCUAAUUGCUUUCUUUUCUAGGUCCUGAAACCCUUUGCUAAUGUUUCUGUCUGAGAGUUCCUAAAGUCAGGGUUCUAGGAGAGUUUGGCAUGUCUGAACAGUUGAACCCCGAAAUAAUGGAGUAGGUCAGGUGGGGUGUGGGAGCAGGGCAUCCUGUCAAUGGAAGAGCUCCCUUUUCCACACACAUGGCUGGUUAAUUAGUCAUUCUGGAAAAGGAUGGAUGGGGAGGGGGGCUUCUGAGAAUCGCCAGUGACAGUUAAGUGGCCUUUUGUUGAUGUCCUCUGCUGAACAACUUUGUCGGAUUUUAGUCUCUGUUUUUCCUCGGCCUCCUGUGGAUUUUCUGUUAGAUUCAUUUACCAUUCAGGCAUCAUCUUUCACUCUCCCCUUCCAAUAUGACUGCUUUGUGUGCUGGCCUCGGCUUUAUUCCCGCUCUUCCCGGACCAUAAAGGGGGCUGUGUGGGGCUUCGGCAGGACUGAGAAAUUGACUCUGCCGUCUGUCGAGAACCAUAAUGAUUGCAGUGACCUUGGUGUCUAGCAGAAAAUGCACUACCUGUGCCGGCCUAGCGGCGACCGGCUGAAGACAGAGGAAAGGGAGUCUUUCCUGAAUUCCUUCUCAUGCUAUGUACCUAUUUGCUUGGUUCCCCUCUCCGUUCCCUUCUGUCCCCCUCCUCCCCACUGCCAUUGGAGCCCUGACCUAAGGUGCAGCUGUGACUAAGCGUUAAUGCUUGGAAAUAAUGAUACAUUCUAUUUUGCAGGCCUGGCCAAGCCAGUUCACCCAAGCUGUCUCAUCUAAUACCCCUCCAGACCCCUGUGAGGCCGGGCCUGCCGGCCUUUAGGUGCUGCAUUGCCUUGAGGCCUGGGCCAUGCCUGCACACGAGGAAGGCCCCUGAAGCUCUCCUGAGGGAAGAAGCAUGCAGGGCGCCCCUGGAGGAGGCCCGGGCCCUGGCCCAUCCCCUGUGGACAGGUGGACGCUCGUGGUCUUCAGCUUUAUUAUGGCAACGGUUUUGGGCCAAAUGAAUUUCACAGGAGACCAGGUUCUUCGAGUCCUGGCUAAAAAUGAGAAGCAGCUUUCAGUUCUCAGGGAUCUGGAUGGCCUGAAGCCCCAGAAGGUGGACUUCUGGCGUAGCCCAGCCAAGCCCAGCCUCCCUGUGGAUAUGAGAGUUCCUUUCUCAGAACUGAAAGACAUCAAAGCUUACCUGGAGUCUCACGGCCUUGCCUACAGCAUCAUGAUAAAGGACAUCCAGGUGCUGCUGGAUAAGGAGAGAGAAGCCAUGGCCAAGUCCCGCCGGUUGGAGCGUAGCACGAGCAGCUUCAGCUACUCCUCCUACCACACCCUGGAGGAGAUAUAUAACUGGAUGGACAACUUUGUAACUGAGUAUUCAGAUAUUGUCUCAAAAAUUCAGAUUGGCCACAGUUUUGAAAAUCGGUCCAUUCUUGUCCUGAAGUUCAGCACUGGAGGUUCUCAGCGCCGGGCCAUCUGGAUCGACACUGGAAUUCACUCCCGGGAGUGGAUCACGCAUGCCACUGGCAUCUGGACGGCCAAGAAGAUUGUCAGUGAAUAUGGCAAAGACCGCACCCUGACAAACAUACUGAACGCCAUGGACAUCUUCAUGGAGAUUGUCACCAACCCUGAUGGGUUUGCCUUUACCCACAGCAUGAACCGCCUGUGGCGGAAGAACAAGUCCACCAGACCUGGAAUAUUCUGCAUCGGUGUGGAUCUUAACAGGAACUGGAAGUCAGGCUUUGGAGGAAAUGGUUCUAAUAACAACCCCUGCUCCGAGACUUACCGUGGGCCCUCCCCUCAGUCAGAGCCGGAGGUGGCAGCCAUAGUGGACUUCAUCACCACCCAUGGGAACGUCAAGGCUCUGAUCUCCAUUCACAGCUACUCUCAGAUGCUCAUGUACCCUUAUGGCCACUCUUUGGAACCCGUUCCAAACCAGGAGGAGUUGUACCAGCUCGCCAAGGACGCAGUGAAGGCCCUGUAUGAGGUCCAUGGGAUCGAGUACAUUUAUGGCAGCAUCAGCGCCACUCUCUAUGUGGCCAGUGGGAUCACUGUGGACUGGGCCUACGACAGUGGCAUCAAGUACGCCUUCACCUUCGAGCUCCGGGACACGGGGCGCUACGGCUUCCUGCUGCCGGCCUCCCAGAUCGUCCCCACGGCCCAGGAGACGUGGCUGGCGCUCCGGACCAUCAUGGAGCACACCCUGCAGCACCCCUACUAGCAACAGCGCUGAGGGCGGAGCAGGAGCACGCACUCCCUUCCCCUAGGCCGGGGCUCCUCCUGAACCCCGAGAGAUCCAUGGUCCUCUCCACACCCUUGCCCUGACCCCUUAGGCAAUAAAUAACAGGUUUGAACAGGCUGGGUGGCCUCUGGUGCUGGCCACCACCCAUUUUGGGCUCAGCACUGAGAAGGGGCCAGGGGCAGCUUGAAAUGCCUCUUUGCUCUUUAGGAAUCCAGGAGGAUCAGGGACUAGCAGACCUCCUAUUCCUUCCCCUGAGUGCUCUCCAGGCCCAGAACACAUAACCCACUCUCUGGGAGAUACGGAUAUACACAUUGUCCCCUUGGUGUCUACACUCUGAGAUGAGGGCACAAUGUUUCACCCGAAGGAGUGGGUCUGCGGUGGUGGCAUCUCAGGCACCCCGAGGGAAAGAUGGGUGCAGACAAGCAGCUUCCUCCUCCUCCUCACCUGUAGUCACCAAGCUCUAGUCAGGCCCUGAGCAGGCCGGGCAUUUACCAAGCAAGCACUUUAUUUAAGGAUGAGAAAGGGACGAUGUUCUGAGAUACAACUGAGGUGCCUCCUAUCCCCAUCCUGAGGCUUCCUUAUAGUUUUUGCCUUCCUCCACCACUGGGGAGCGGGGAGAGUGGGUCCCUUUGUCCUGCCCUCAGGGGAAGGCAGGUCCACUGAAGAAGCAAGAGGUUCACCAAAGAGCUGAAAGGGUCUCUGUGAGUCUGAGGCAGAAAACAAGACUUUCAUUGGCAAGAGCCAGACUUUUGUUGUUGUUCUUGCAAAAGAAAAGGAUUGUGGGACCCGUGAUUUGGUCCCCGCAGGACACAGAGCACAGGGUUUUACUAUAAAUCACAGAUAUGGAAGGAAGCAGGGGAAAACGAGAACAAGUCCGCCUUUCUACCCACCCUGUAAAAGAAGACAGAGGUUGAAUCAGUGGGAGGCGGGGAUCAUCGGGGAUCAAAACUCUAGGUAAGACCCACGUCCAAUAUGGCGGCUGAGGCACAGAUUAACAAGGACUGAGCCGGGGGUCUAGAUGGGUGAUUAAAGUACACUCAUGGGUGUGCCCAUAUGGCAGGGUACACCUGAGCAGUGCAGCUCUUGGGAGCUCCGAGUAAAGAAAUGGUGAGGAGGCCUGGGGUAGGCUGAGCCCAAGGACCAUGCAGCCAGUGGCCACGGAGGCCCCACGGCCAGGGGAGGCCUCUGCCCAGAGAAGCUGCACCAUGAGGAGACCUGAGGAAGUCAGGGUAAAGAACACCUGAAGAACCCAGAUCCUCUCCAGGGCAAGAGCCAACAACAGAGGAGGAGAGCAUCCCACUUCGGGCUGCAUUUCCUUACGAGGGGAAGUGGAAGUGAUUUGAGCAAGCUAGAACCUCCAGGUUGAAGUUUUUUGCUCUUAGCGGAAAUAUGAUGGCAUGGGCUGAGUUAGCAUAAGCUAUAGACAAA